AUGGAUAACGAAUACAACAUGGAGAAUCCGGACACUAUGGAUGAUCUUUUCGGAGAGGGUGAACAGUUUAGCCUCGCCCCGGGAGCAGCAUCAGUGCCCCAGAUGCCCGUCAAAGGUCUCGCUGAGCGGCUAGACGAGUUGCACACGAGCGGUUGCUGUCAGAGAAUCGCAUGGUCAAAGCUAGGCUGCGUAGCCUCUGUAACUCGUGAUGGGCGCGAGGUGGAGUUUCGAAGUCUUAUCAGACAUCCAGAAGAUGGUCGAUGGGAACUCAGCAAGAAGCAAUCCCUGCGGCUGGAUUAUGCGCACGAGGGGUCCUACAUCGCUCAUCUCUCGUGGGGACUUAUGGGAACAGAUCUAGCGGUAGUUGACAACUCUGGCCGUAUCUCUCUGUUCACAAACACCUUUACUUUCGUGCUGGGCAGAAUGCAAGCAAUGGUCAAGAACAGUAUUUCAGAGCCAGAGAGUGAACUGAGCGCUGUUGUGGGUUUGCAUUGGCUUUCUAUAAUUCCCCAUUUUCAAAAGCGUGUUUUGUAUCACACCGCGGAUAGAUCUGGGGAUGAAUGGAAUUUUUGCAUGUCAUUUCAUCAGUCAUUUGAUGCUCAUAACCCCGUAUUGUCCAAGGCAGCUUUGAUAUACACAACAAGAAGCGGCACGGUCAAGCUGCUCUACCAACCAAGCAAAGACUCAAGCCAAUGGCGAGAAGCAACAACUGAGCUGCCGGGCUUCAGCUCCGUUCAGGAUCUGCUUACCCAUGCAGCGUUCGCGCCAGACAAUGACGGCUCUCUGUUAUUGGCAGUACACAAUGCUAGUCAACAUCUGCAUCUGUACCGCACUACGGUCAGCUGGAAUCCCGUCUACGGCCAAAGUCCAAACCCAAAAAUCCCGCCGCCGGUCAACUCCGUAACCCCUACGCUUGAUGCUGUUCUCCUCAAGAGAGAGGAUGGAUGUGCUCCGCUGGACCUCUUACCGCAAGUUGAAGAUCCGGCAUCGAAUCCGGUAGAUAAUGUGACGGUUCCGGCGCAGUUAACCCACCUUCAAUGUGUACCGGCUGCGCCGGAUUAUGGAAGAGGGCCGACAACGCCUACGAUUGUAGCCAUCUUCUCGAGCAAUCCCAAUCCUUACUCCGCAUUAGACCACAUCACCCCACACCAGCAGAGCUUCAGCACGAUUGCUCGAUGGGAGAUACAACAAAUUGCCGAGACGAGCCUUCAUUCUGGAUUUGACCUGCUGACUAACAAGAGGAAAUCGACAUCCUCCUUUGGCGGCCGUAGGCUCUGCCGCCUUGCGCGUCAACCAGAUGUGCCCACAAGUGCCAUCAUCUUGUCGACUUCGUCUAUGAUGCAGCCCAGGAUACUCGCUUGUCAGCUGAGUGACGGGAGUAUUGAAUUUCGAGACAGGACGUUGAUGGACCUGAUAAACCCUGAUUACGCCGACAACAGCGUCGACUCAUUUCCGCAGACUGGCUUCUCCUUCCCGCUUGCAGAGCCUGGGGCCGGCUACCUGGCAUUUUCGCCCAAUAUGUGCAUAGCUGCUGCUAUCCAGGAGGAUGGCUCACUAAUCUUGCGACGGCUCGAGUAUUCACUUAGCUCCCUGAACAUUGCUGAGAAGAACCACAAUAUUGAUGCUGCCAUUGCGGCAAUCGUGCUUCAGCACAGCAACGCGUGUACACAGUAUCAAACAAGCGAUGACAUCUUCGCAAGCGUAGCGCAAGAUCUCGGACCGGCACGGACCCGACAACUACUGAGUCAAGUCUACCAGGCUAUGAGCCUGAACCUCGACUUCUUAACAAAUGAGAAGGAGCACGCUACAACGCUGCUAAAGGGUGCAGCGCUGGGGAAAUGUCUCAGUGCCCAGAGCCUGCUUAGGGAUCCAGCAGACGAAGCAACUCGCACGUUAUCCGGGAAGCUUGCGUGGUGCAUCCUGAACAUGCGCUCGCAUGCCUUCGUAUUCCUACAGAUGUUCCGGCCCGACCAGCCACCGGAACCUGAUUUGGCAAAGUCGCUAGUGGGCUUGGUCAAGUGGUCGAAUGACUUCCUGGUCUACAUCGUUGAUGAGCUGAUGGAGCUGGCGAGAGCCGUCAGGGGUCAAGAGCAUGACAGAGCCUUUGUCCAAGAGAAAGUAAACGCAGCCAACUCUCCCGCCCUCCUCCUCCUUCUCGCCAGCGCACCCCGUUACCUCCUCCGCAUGCUCCUCCGCCCGCUCCAACUCUGCUUCAAGACCGUGCACGCGGCCCUCAAACAACCAUCGCUGCCCCGCGCCCAAAAGGCCGUCUACGAAACGCUCAACAACAUCUUCAUAACGAACCCGAUCUCAUGCCCCCGCUUCGAGCACAUCGUCCCUGGCGAAGUCGACAAAGCGGUGCGAGACGCCUACACAGCCGCGAAGCUCAGCACCGAGCAGCGCGGUGCAGCUGAGAAGGCGAUGCUCGUCAAUGCCGAGAUACCUGAGUGCCUGAUGCCGGCUGUGAGGCAGCUGCUUACGGGCACGCUGCCGAAGCUGCUCAGCGAGCUGCAGGACACGUCGAAGAUUUAUUUCGCGGACCUGAAGUGGUUGGGUCUGCACGAUGGCUGGAUGACAAGGGAGUUUGCAAGGCACAGGGCUGUGGAUGUUGUGAGGAAGGUGCCGCUGGCGAGAGAGAAGAAGCUGAGGAUGUGCACGCGGUGUGGGGCUGUUAUGGAGGAUCUGGCGCCGCCGGCGGAGGGGAGGAAUGAGUUGGGGUGGCUGAUGUUUGCGCAGAAGAGCUGUGUUUGUAUGAGUAAUUGGGUAGCGGUUGGGGAGGGGAAGGGAGAUGCUUGA